AUGGCGGGCGAAGAGAAUUUUGAAAAACUUAACUUAAAAAUUGAGGAGGACAUACUUUCCCUGGAUGUAAAUGAGCUUGUUAAACUGGCAAAUAAGUUAGAAUUGGGUGAAGAAAACAUAGAAGGUAAAAGUCGACGUGUUUUAUCUAAACUAGUGAGGAAAACUAUUUACGAAAAUGUGGAAUUAUGUCAAACUGUCCCUAAGAAAGUUGAGUAUUUACACAAGCUACAAGAGCUUCUAGAAAUAGAACCACCGCCACUGGAAGACGCAACUGAGGAUACUGAAGAUAAUACUGGAGAUGUGGCUGCUUCUCAGAGUCCAGCACCACUGAAAGAAACUACACCAAAAGUUGUAACUGUAAGUAGUGGUCAGUCAAGUUCUUUUACUGUUUAUCGUAGGGAACUAAAGAUUGUUGGCAUGGUAGGCCCUGAGAGCCAGAAAGACAGAUUGUCUUUUGUUAGUUUAACCCGUCAAGUCGAGUCGGGGAAAUCUAAGGGGUAUACUGAAAGCGAAGUAAUUGAAGCAGUUAUCCGAGCAAUAUGCCAAACACUCAAGCUUAG